CUGACGCGGCGCUGUGGAAUUCAGACUCCCUCAGCCUCCACAAGUCUCCACAGGAAACCAGCGCUAUAGUGCAAGCGGCUACCCUACGUGUUCACCAUCUGUUGAACUGUAAACUAACAGAGAGAGAAAGAGAGAGAGAGAGAGAGAGAGAGAGAGAGACACACUGAGCCCGACGCUGAGGAUCGCACCACCACUAAGAGAGCUGUGGACGGAGGACAGCUGGACAUUCACAGCAGCCCUAUUCUGAACACUGAAUGUGAGUGUAGACAAGAGGGGGACAGAAUAUGUAAAUCUAACUACAUUUGGAAGAAAAGGAUCAAAGAAAAAGAUAUGAAGAAAUCACUGCUGGUGCUGAUGAUUACACUUGUGUUACCGACGCUCUCGAUUCAAGAUAAAGACGAGAGGCCCAAAGGGAAGGCAGUUGCCCCCCCGAGAACCUACAGCGGGCGGAGAACCUCCUCAGGCUCCAAUGGCGACAACUGCACCAGCAACUUCAGCCAGCCUCAAGAGCUGGAGCUCGACCACCAACACGCCGAGGAGUACCUGAUGGGCAUCCUGAGCACCAGGAUUCUCCCCAGUGCCUACCUGCUGGCUAUGGCGGUGGGCAUCCCGUCCAAUGCCUUCAUCCUGGCGUGCCUCAGUGGGCGCACACGAACCUGCUCGGGUGCCGUUCUCUACCUCAGCCUGGCCGCCUCCGACAUCCUCCUGCUCUUUGCGCUGGCCCUACGUGUGCACUACCAUUUCCAUGGCAACAACUGGGUGUUUGGUGAAGCCGCCUGCCGUCUGGUCACUGCCUGUUUCUAUGGCAACGUGUACUGCUCUGUGCUGGCACUCAUGUGCGUGAGCAUCAUGCGAUACCUGGCUGUAGCGCGGCCCUUCGUCUACAAGGCCCUGCCCAAGCGCUGCUGCGCCAUGUUGGCCACGAUUGCCGUCUGGCUGGCGUGUGGCGUGGCCAUGGUGCCUGAGCUGCUUGUGCACCAGACCUACCGGCUGCCCAGCCUGGGCAUCACCACCUGCCACGAUGUGCUGCCCUAUGUGGAGGAGCCCUUCGCCUUCCUCAUACCCUACCGACUGGGCAUGAUUGGCGCGGGGCUGGUGCUGCCCGCCGCCGUCAUCACAUUCGCGUACGGCUCCAUCGUGCACCACCUGGGCCGCUCCAGCUGCGACUGGUCGCUGUAUGUCAGGGCCAGCACCCUCGUCUUCGUCAUCUUCGUCCUCUGCUUCGCGCCCAGUGCUGUCGUUCACUUCCUGCACUACGUGAAGCUGUACACGGCCCGGCAGGACCACUUCUACGCCUACUACGGCGUGGCUGUCUGCCUGUGCUGCUUCCACAGCUGCCUGGACCCCUUCCUCUCCUACAUCCUGUCAAGGACCACCAACUCUAGCCUGCACUUUGUCAGCUUCAGGAAGAAGCCCUCUAGGAUGUCUGUCUUUAUCUGAACUUGUGGGAACCCCCUAUGGCGUUUUGUUCGGCGCAGAAGAGGUGGGUGGACGACCAGACAACACAAACAUCACCUUAAACAAUGCAUGCCUGUGACAGAACACUGUGUGCUAGUCUAUAUUAGGAAACCAAAACAAACCAAGGCAUAAGAACUGCUUCAGAACAAAAUGGCUUCUUCUCUUCAGGCUGGAUUUAACAUUCUCUCCAACACAACACAGCUUCGCUGCCAGAGAAGAGCCUUAGUACUUUUAUAAGAGACAACCAUAUAAUUUCAGCCUCUGUGCCUUAAAUCCUUGUAAACAUUCCUUGGACUGUUAACAGCCAUCCUUGUUUUGACUUGAGGCAAAGGUUCUCCUCAGGCUAUAUAAACUUAAUGGCUAGGUGUAUAUUUGCAUUGUAAAUAUGUUGAUCUUUACUGAAUCUUUAAUGUCUUCUAACCGAACGUAUGUACGGUAUAUAAGUUUACAGCUAAUUUUCCUUCAAGGGACAAUAAAAUAUAUAUUUAUAUUUCAA